CUUCUUCUUCUUCUUCUUCUUUUUUUUACUAAUAAGCCCUCAACAGGGAUCAUGACAUCAGAAGCCAAGGUUAAAUUAUUAGCAGUCAGUUUUUAAAGUCAGAGUGCAGAAAAGAUCCCCAGUCUGAACUGUUCCUUGGGACAAGUUGUUCCUUUUCACCAAGACCAGGUGCGUCGGAGAAGCUGCAGAGACCCCUGGGCACUUAGGGACCCUUGCCGGGUUUUUCCUACCCUAUAUAUAGGGGAAGGGAGCUACAGGUCAGCCCUGGAGGGACUGGGGCUACUGUUGGCAGGUGUAACACCAGUGUCCUGCUGAGUAGAAAAGGAGAGGGUGGAGCCUGGGACUCCAAGGUGCACCUGUGGAGCGGACCUGAGAUUCCCAGGCUGUGUUCUCUGUCAGCUGGCCUAUUGUGAUCAAAUGCGGGCUGGGCAGUGCCUUCUGUGACUUCAACUCCUGCUUGCUGGAGUCUGGGAUAGAAGCCAUGGCUGUCCCAAAGGACCAGUCAACCUCCACCCGCAUGAACUGUUGUGCUUUCAUGGCUGAGAGUUGCUCACUGACUGAUGGCUGGUACUUUUGUGACCAAAAUCAUAACCGCACUAACAAAGAGGCGGCCUUGCGCUAGCGGUUGUGCUCCGCGCUGGACAGGACACCGCGUAGGUGGGCAGACAAGCUUCAUGCGCGCUGGGCGUAGGUAGCACCCGAAUGUUCAGGACAGACACGAGGGGCUUGGGAAAGGCAUGAAGAUGAAGUCUAGGGCAGAUGAUAAGGGAAAUAAACAUGCUGUGUCGGGUCGAAUGGCUUUAUCCUUUUUGGAGGCAUUAUCAUGGCCCAUGAUUGGGCUCCCGGAAAGAACACGUCUAGAGGAGGCAUCUGAAGGUGGGUGAGAUUUGAUGGCAUUUGAAUUCCACAAUUAUGACUCUAAUUUCUGCAAUCAGCUCCAGGCUGUGUUGCCUGCUCUCGCCACCAAAAAAAAAAAAAAAAAAAAAACCAUAGGAUGCCGCCGAGGCAGGUCGGAUGGAAGUGGGUUAGGGCAUUAUAUAAGCCGCUCGCGGGAGGGGAGAUGGUCUUUUAUGUGCGCUCCUCCUGCAGCGGCGGCGGCGGCGGCGGCGCGAGCGGCGGCGCAGGUUGAUUUAGAACGCGGAUGACAGUGGCCUGGCGCGAGCCCACUGCUGACGACAGCGGCUUAGCCCGCUCGGUUUCCAUGGCGACGGGCCGGAGCCGCGGCGGCGGCGGGGCUGUCAGCGAGCGCGGCGGAGCUCGCGCGCCCGCGGGGCUCUGCAGGCGGCGGGAGGAGGCCGGGGCCGGGGCCCGCGCGGCAGACAUGGACUUGCACUGGGACUGCGCCGCCGACUCGCCGGCCGCCGAGCAGCCGUCGGGGAAGAUCAACAAGGCCGCCUUCAAACUGUUCAAGAAGAGGAGGUCGGGUGGCACCAUGCCCAGCAUUUUCGGGGUCAAAAACAAAGGGGACGGGAAGAGCCCGGGUCCCACGGGCAUGGUGAGGAGCAGGACCCACGACGGCCUGGCCGAGGUGCUGGUGCUGGAGGGCGGCAGGAAGGAGGAGCCGCGCGGCGGGGGCGACGGCGGCGGCGGGGGGCGGCCGGCCCCGGGGCCCCCCCGAGCCGCCGCGGGGCCCGGCGUGGGCGCGCCGGCCGGCAGCUCCGUGGCCAAGUCGCACAGCUUCUUCUCGCUGCUGAAGAAGAACGGGCGGGCGGAGACCGGCAGAGGAGAGCCCGCGGACGCGGGCAAGGCGGGCGGCAAACAAAAGAGGGGGCUGAAGGGGCUGUUCAGCAGCAUGCGCUGGCACAAGAAGGACAAGCGGGGCCGCGGCGAGGAGAAGCGGGCGCGCGCGGCCGGCCCGGGCAGCCUCAUCCUGCCCGGCUCGCUCACCGCCAGCCUGGAGUGCGUCAAGGAGGAAACGCCCAGAGCCGCGCGCGAGCCGGAGCGCCCCGGCGGCGAGGACGCCCCGCGAGGCCCAGCAGGUGAGCUCGGAGGGGGAGAGGAGGUGCCCGCCUCCGCCGGCCGCGCCCCAGCGCGGAGCUGCCGAGAGGCCGGGAGCCCCGGGGACCCCGGCGACAAAGGCGCGCGGGCGGAGGACGCCGCCGCGGCGCAUCUGCGCGCCGAGAAGCCCCGCGCACCCCCGGAGCCGGAGGCCGGCGAGGUCCGCGAGGCCGAGGAUGCUUCCAGGACAGGUGACGUUCCGAUAAAGACUGUCCCCCUUGUCGACUCCGAACGUGGCAGCGGCCGGGCGCCCGCCCUCCCCGACCCUUCUUCCUCUGUUGAUCCGCCCUCAGACCCAUCGGCAGAUCGUAUUUGUUUGAUGUUUUCUGACGUGACUUCACUGAAAAGCUUUGACUCUCUUACAGGCUGUGGAGAUAUUAUUGCAGACCAAGAGGAAGAGGCAGGUCCCAGCUGCGACAAGCAUGCCCCCGGGCCAGGCAAGCCAGUUCUCUCUAAAAAGAACCCCAGCGUGGUGGCCUACCAAGGAGGCGGCGAGGAGAUGGCCAGCCCGGACGGGGUGGACGACACCUAUCUCCAGGAGUUCUGGGACAUGCUCUCCCAGACUGAGGAUCAAGGACAGGCGCCCCAGGAGGCAGCGGCCAAGGCGGCCCCCGCGCUGGAAACCAAGGGGGUGCCCGAGACCUCCAAGGACGCCAGGUGCGUGGAAGUGGCCAAGGACGUGUCCUCGGUCAAGCGCAGGAGGCUCAACCGGAUUCCCAUUGAGCCCCCUCCGAAGGACGAGCCCAAGCACGCGGAGAAGGAGCAGCAGGAAGGCGUCCCCAACAGUGACGAGGGAUACUGGGAUUCCACCACUCCAGGCCCCGAGGAAGACAGCACCAGCGGUGGCAAAAAGGCCAGCAUCCCCCGGGACAGCUACAGCGGAGAUGCACUCUACGACCUCUACGCCGACCCGGACGGAAGCCCAGCAGCCCUUCCUGCCAGCGAGGAGACGCCCUGCUUGUCCCGGUUAAAGCCCGUGUCUCCGGGCACCAUCACCUGCCCACUGCGAACCCCAGGCAGUUUGCUGAAGGACUCUAAAAUACCUAUCAGCAUCAAGCAUCUCGCGAACCUUCCAUCCAGCCAUCCUGUGGUGCACCAGCAACCAGCCAGGAGCGAGAUGCCCAGAACAAAAAUCCCGGUUUCCAAAGUGCUGGUCCGAAGAGUGAGCAGCCGGGGCUUGGCUGGGACCACCAUCAGGGCAGCGGCGUGCCACGACAGUGCCAAAAAGUUGUGAGGUCUCCCAGGCCGAGGUGCACGAGCCACAUGUCGAGGAAUACAACUUUUCCCUGGAAACCAGUAAAAUUAAGUUUUGCUUCCCCUAAAGAAAGUCUUUUAGGCCCUCCCUUGCUGCAGAGCCUCGACGGGGAGGCCUUUGUGCUGUGAGCAGGGGCAGGGGACACCAGAGAGAGCGAGGCUACACUUGGGAUUCUCCUCUCAAGAUAAGGCCCUGAGAAUUAUUUUCAAGCACUUUUUUCUUUUCUACCUUUUUAAAAGUCUUUUUUUUUUUCUUCAAUUUUUCCUUUAAUGCACUGAACACUUGGAAGUCACCUUUACUUGCCUUUGCAGAAAACAGGACUUCACCAAACCCAAGUUAGAGUCAUGGCAGGAUUAUCCGGCUGUGCCAUUGUCCAGAAGGCCUCUAGGAACCACUGCAGAACCAGAGCAGCUUCCCUCUCCCAGGACACAUUUCCUUCCUUCUUUCCUUUCCUUUUCUUUUCCAGGAAAAAAAAAAAAAAAGACCCUUUGCUGUAUCACUGUGUGGAAAACACCUACCAAGCUGAAAGCACCAGGUAUUUACCUGAUGAGCAGAGAGGAUCCUAGAUUGGCAGAAAGCUUCUCUGUGUUCAGUUGCUAGGUAUGCAAAUAGGUAUCUACCAUUAGGAAAAUAAAGGAGACUUUUUGGUUGGUUCAGAUGAUUUGUUUGGGGAGAAAUAAAAGGCUCAGCAAAGCAGGUUUUGGCAUUUCUUUAAACCUCCACCCAGUGCAGAAAUCAGGACCAGGGAAAGAUUCCAGUAAAUGCCAAUAGAUAGUCUUUUAUAAACUGAAACCUUCUAAUAUGAAGAUAAUGCAUAUUUUACAGUUUAUCCAGCUGUGAACAUUUUAUAAUCUGUCAAUAAUCUAGAAUAUAAAAUCUGGUCUUAUAGCUAGAUAUGAUGACUGUCCCCAAACCAUUGGUGUUCUUUUAUGUACUGUAAUGGGAAGCAAUUCUGGUUUUGUUUUAUAUGGGGUGUCCAGUUCUCAAAAACAAACAAACAAACAAACAAACAAACAAAAAAGCUAUUGUUUUGAUGUCUCAGAGGAAUGGCUCUGUGUUUUUUCCUCCAAAACCUAGUUUUCAGAGAUUUUUACCUUGGUUAUAAAAUUUUGGAUCCGACCAUUCUUCAAUAUGCUGAGUCCAAAAUGAGAAACACAUAAAGAAAAACAAUAGAAAGAUAUAGUUUUUCAUAUCAUUUGACUUUUGCUUUAUAGACUUAUGACUGAGACAAGUAUGUUCAGAGGAUGACAUUGGCAAGCUUAUGUAUUGUAAACACUAUAUGCCAAGAUUUUUUUUUUGAAAAGUGGCUUGCUUAUGUGUAUGUUUUCUAAUAUUUCAGAUGAAGCAUUUAUUUCAGAAAUGGUUAUUCUAUGCCUAGAUAGUUUGAAUGAGAAACUGAAGCAGUUCCUAGAAUGCUAUUAGUGUCUAAUGAUUAAAUUAAUAUCCUUUUUGAAAUGCACUUCGGUGUAUUUAAUCAAAAGACCAGAGCUUCUACUAGGAGCUGAUUCAUCGUAUCAGGAAGAUUAUUUGUAUUCAAGUGAAACUGCUACACAUAUGUAAAUGACAUGAACACUUCUGUAUAACUCUCAUCUUCCAGAGAGACUGCCUAAGUAAUGAACUGUUAUGAUGUGCUUUUUAAGUUUGUUUUCUGUUUUGUAAAGGAAAGAAGAAGGCUAGUUAAAUAUAUGAAAACCUAUUUUAAUAAAAUGAAGAAAGUAACAAAAUAAAUGGGCAUCAAAGGGAAACACAUUUGAGCCAGUAGCAGAAAACAGGCCAUUCCCCAUUUUAAAUUUGCAGUGAUUCAAUUAGCAGAGGUGGUAGAGGUUUGCUGAAUUUAUUUAUUAGUCAGAGGACUGGCUUUUAUUGCAUUGUCUCAGAUCCUUAAUGUUAUUUCAAAGUAAUGUUUUGAUACUUGAUUUCCUUGUGUGUGCAGAUGAGGCACUAUAUGCAGACAUAGCCUUAAGCAUUCUGAACACACCACCAGGAAUUCAUACAAGCACCUCACACUCACAACACGCUCGUGCACUCAACUGUGUGCAAACUAAUAGACAAAGACAGCUCCUGUAGAUUUGGAAAUAUUUUAGAGAUUAUUUCUGUCUUGAGAAAAGGAUUUAAAUUUGAUUUCAUGCUGAUAUUACUAUUUAGACACAAAAUACAUUCAUUUUCCCCCAGUGAAUGGAGAGAGAAUAAAUUUUAUUCCUAGCUGUAAAACAAAGGAUGUUUAUUUCCUUCUUGUGCAUUUUCCUGCAAGGGUUAUGUUCUCCUUUGCACGAGUCCACUGCAAAGUUAUGCUUGUUCGUUUGUUCAGUUGCACAGGAAAGUUAAGAGUACCUGAAGAACUGAUGAGAAUGGCUGGUAAAAGGAAGAGCAAUCUAUUUCUUAAGCCCUAGAAGAAACUGUCUUUGCUUUCACAAUUUUAGGACUUAUUUCUGCACUUACACCAUUAUGCUGUCUUUUCUUUGUAAGUAAAGGAAAGUGUUAGCAAAGUUUACCUUAAUUUCCCCUGACCUGCCUGUCAAUUAACAAGUUAUGAAGAAAUUAAAAAUAUUUUUUAAAAUUCUUUUUUCCAUCUUUUCCAUUUUUUUAAACCCUAUAUCUUUAUAAAUUGUGCUCAUACCGGUCAAAGAAAGGAUUUGAACAAUGAAAUAAAUGACCUCAAUCUCUUGGUGGGAAAUCACUGGCAGGAAGAGUGGAUUGUCAACCUUUUCUAACUGUGAAAAAGGGAUCUUAGUUGCUUUCUUGUGCCAAGGGCUACGUUCUCUCAUUUGUGUUCAUGGAGAUUAUUUUUUAGAAUUUUGCUAAAUUUACAUUCUAAUUUUUAGUAAUCCAUUAUCUAAUGAUCUUGUGGGGAUUAUACAGGCCCAUAUUUGCUGACUUUUUAGGGGAAGGAUUAGAUGCAGGCUAAUGACAUCUUUCCUGUGUAUGUAUGAUUCUAAGAUUCUUAGCUGAUUGGGUUUCUUUGGUCAAAGAGCUGCCCAAAUUAGAGAGGAAAAAGCCAAAUCAAUUGUUGGACCAGAAUUUAUCGGUCAGUUUGAUAGCACAAAGACAGCCUGACUUUAAUAUCUAUAUUACUCAUACAAUAUUACUUGAAACCCUCUGCUUUAGUACUCAUGGUGGUUGAUGCCUUUAUUCUCCCAUUAGCACCAAUUGGGAGAAAUUUUACUACAGCAUCUUAAAUAAUCAUAAGAGGACAUAGAUUUUCAUUAUUUUACCUAAUAACAACAAUGGAAUAUAGAACACCAAGGACUUCCUUUAAAUACAUUUUCCACAAACUAUCUGCCUAUUUAAAUAAAUUCUUUAACAUCUAUGAUAACCUUAAGGUUAUGACUUACUAAGUUUAAAGGGUUUAUUUAUUAAUCUCAGAAGUAGUACUCAAGUAUUUGCAUUUAAACGAAUAUGCAAAUAGCCCUUUGCUUACACAAUUAUCAAAGUAAAAAGAUGAUAUCAGGUGUCAAGAUUUCUUUGAUCUAAGAGUCCUCUCUGUCAGAUGAAUUUUCAAAGGAGAGUCUUUCCUGUUAGCUUGUGUGAGGAGGUUGAUUCCUGUAGCUCAUCAUGUUUGCCAAGUGCCCUCAGACAGCAGUGAGGGGACCCCUCACAUGGUGUUAGCAUGUUUGCACCAUCUGCAUGGUGGAAGCCAUUCUCUGCUUUCAGUGAUUCUGAAUUUCUCUCCUGAAUUACAAAUAUGUGGACUUGGCUACUCCGUGCUUGGCUUCCACUGAGAGAUGUUCCAGUGCACGCACAUAUGCUCUGCUCCCCUUACUGUUGUGAAAUUAAUUCAAGUACUUCAUGCUAUUAAACGUCACCAUUGCCUCUUCUUGCCACUGAGGAGAUAGCCAGCUAAACGUAUCUGGGUGAAAUAACAGGAGUCAGCCAAAUACCUCAUCAGCUAACCCAGUUCCCCUCGCCCCCUCUCUAGGCAGAUCCAGAAAUAAACAACACAGUUCUUAAGUUGUGUAACCUCAGCCUUAGAAAUUUCCGACUUAUUCCACGAAACUAUUUGUGAAAGAGUUUGGAGCCAAAGGGUUAGUAUGGCAGACCAGUCUCUCACACAGCCUGAGCGAGGAAGCAGAAAACAAGCGUGUGCUCCGGGAAAGGCAGCAAGCUAUAGCACCGUCCGGGUGGCGUGUGAGUGCAGAGCCACCGCGUCUUGCUCCGGAGACUUCCUGAUGGCUGUGUGGAUUCCUUCUCAGAGAGCCUUUCACUGUGAUAGCGGUUUAAAGGAGACAGUUUCUUGCAACAGUAGCCACUUAUAAGGAAUGUUAAUAUCUCACUGCAGAUAACGUAUUCUAAGAGGUGAUUCAGAAAGAUACUUUCAUGAUUAUGGAAAGGAGUUCCUUCUCAAACUGCAAACGGAAAGAUUAAAACAGUCACGAAGCCUCUAGAACUGAAAUUGGGCACCUUUUAUGACUGGCAUUUACUUUAAUCCAACGCAACACAUAUUUAUGGGGCAUAUGCUGUAUCUGAUACUAAAUAAAAAAACAUUCAGUUUGGAGCUCAC